AUGAAGAUGGAAGCAGUACUGAUCAAGGAAGGGCUAGCCUUAGUCCUAAAGGAAGAGACUGAACUACCAGAGACCAUGAAAGAUUCCGAGAAGCAGGAAAUGCUAGACAAAGCCAAAAGCUCCUUGAUCCUUGGAUUGGGUGACAAAGUCCUUCGGGAGGUCAAGAAGGAGAAGACAGCUGUUGAAAUCUGGAAAAGAGGUUGUNUGCUUCCUCAGGAGAAUGGCCACCAUGUCAGAGAUCUGGAGGUCAAACAAGCAAAGCCACUUGGUAACUCUGUCAAUUCGAUGCCUAUGAUAUCAGAGUGUUCAGAGGGGACCAUUGGUGCACUAGAUGAUUCAGACAGAAUAAAAAACAUGCAAAAUGCUGGUGUAAGCGGGAAUGUUCCAAAUAUGUUAUCUGUAGAACAAAGAGUUAGGUCAGAAGAAACUGCUGCAUCCCCUAGUUGCUCUCAUGCCACCUCUGAUGCACAGGAACCGAGUCAUAGAACUUGUCCUGAUAGCACCAAUGAGCUUGUGUCAGAAGGCGAUUUGAUGGAUGGUCAAGAUAUAAUCAGGACCAAAAUUCAAAGUGAUGCUGAAAUUGCUGAUAGUGUCCCAGGGUCUGCCUCACUGGCAAUUGUGGAUGCUGAAGGCCAUGCUGGGCAGGAGUCUAAUGAUCCCAUGACUUCAAACAAGCCUGGUGAUCAUGAAGAGAUGCCAUCCAGUGGUACAAACGUGUUAAAGCCAUGCAGCUCACACCUGAGUCAACCUGAUGUGUCUUCUCCUGGAUAUGGACAUGAUAAUGCAAUGGCUACAAACUUACAAUCUGAGGAUGUAGAGCCGCACUCAUCAGGGACAUCCAGAAGGGAUGGGGUUCGUGUUGAGGUGCAAGGUGAAGAGUGCCAUGUGACAGACAUUAUGCAAUCAGAGAAAAAUCAAAUAUCAGGGCCUUCUGUAUGUGGAGAAAUUCAUGCAGAUAACAAUAAGUCAGAUGAGCUUUUGGACAAUGUGAUUUCUAAUCACCAGUUAGAAAAUUUGAAUAAUUCCACAAUUUCAGAGUUGCCUGAACCAGAAAAGCUACUUUCUGUACCAGAAGGGCUUCUUGAUAAACCAACUGAUUUGCUAGUUGAUUCUACACCAGAGAAAGAAGCUUUAGCAGGGAGAGAUGGGGUUGAUGCUGGAAACAAACUUAUGUCAGGGAAAAAGCGUAGUUACACAGAAAGUACACUAACUGUAGAGAGUUUAAACUCAUCUGAAUCCUUUGGGGUGGCCAGAUCUAAGAAAACUUCAGAAUCCAUCCCUGAUGAUGAUGAUUUGUUAUCAUCUAUUUUAGUUGGAAGAAGAUCUUCAGUUUUAAAAUUGAAGCCCACUCCACCUGCCCCUGAAGUGGCAUCUAGAAAACGAACCCGUUCUGCACCUCAAACUAGUGCUUUAAAGAGAAAGGUGCUUAUGGAUGACACCAUGGUCUUGCAUGGCGAUAUAAUACGCCAACAAUUGACAAAUACUGAAGACAUACGACGGAUACGAAAAAAAGCUCCUUGCACUUGCCCUGAAAUUUUGAUGAUUCAGAUACAAUUCUUGGAGGAUGAAAUAUUCAGUGAACCUGUAUUUACUGGUAUGUCAGCAGAAUUAAUGAGUUUGCACUGUGAAACACAUGAUCUGAGCAAAAUCAGGGUUUCUGAAACUGAUGAAAAUCAUGGUUCUUCUGAACCAGCAAAGAAUGCAGAGUGCUCCUUUAGGUCUAAUGUUGAAGGUGGAGAGGAAGGUAGCAAAGAUCCUGUGGUUCAUGUUGAAGCACAGCCUGCAGUGACUUCCAUUAGUGACCACCUUUUAGGAUUUCAUGAUGUUGAUGCUCAAGGGGGUACAAAUGCUAUUACUGAUGCACCUGAGCUUGAAACAGUGCCAAAUGAACCCUUGGCCGAGGUAACUGAAAUGGACAUUGACAGAGCUACUGGUGAAGUUGCUGAGACAGCUAAUUGCUCUGCAGUUCAUGGGAUUGAGAAAUCAUCUGAGAUUGACGGUCCUGUAGAAAUUCAGAACAUGCCCAGUGACAAUAAAACCGAUGGUGUGGAUGCUUCUCUGCAGAUGGAGGCUUCGUGCAUUACACCUGAGCAGAAAUUGGAUUUUCAAUCUAUUGAAGACAGUGCUACUUUAAUGGAUACAAACAAUGGGAAAGUAGUUGAUGCUGCUGAAGGAGAAGAUACUGUUGCAAUUGAUAGUGAAUUGAAAGCAAGGGAUGAACUUCCUUUGGAGGGAGGCAAAAUUGGUGUGUCUGUAGAAAAUGAGGGUGAUGGUCUGACAGAUUUUACUGCAAAUGGUGUUGUGAAUGAAGAUGGGUUCCUGUCUGGGGACUUGGGUUGUGAUAGGUUGGACGCGAACACUAACUGUGUGAAUGGUGAAGAACCUCUAAUAGAUUCUACAAAUUCAGUUAAACAUGAUACAGAGUUGAAGGAUACUUCAUUGAAUGAUGGAGAAAACCCAAUCUUUCCAGACGUUGACCAUCCUGCUGCUGAAGAUCGUGGUGAACUUGAAGGCAUCACAGUUGGGCAUGAUACAGGUUUGCUUCUCGUUCUUUUUGUUUAAUUAUUGUUUUGGAAUUCUGAUGUCUCCUAGAAUUAUUUUUCCUCAUGAGAAGCUUUAAACAGAAAUCCAUUAAGUUUGUUGGCUGAAUGAAGUGCAUGCUUUAUGAAAAUUUUCAUUUACCUUAUUGAGUGAAUUUUGAGAUAGGGAUAGGCGACCACUGUAUAAUUUAUCAAUUUCUGAAACCAAAUCAUUGUGUGGCUUUUUACAUCUUUCAAAGGUUUUUAUUCUCUUAUGUGCAUUGUAAGCUUCAUUUUCUGCUGGGACUGGAAAUACCAUCUAAAUUUCUGACACUUGUGUGUGAUGACGUUGAAAAUCUGUGAUCUAGGAUAGU